CCUGAAUGACAGGAGGGCAGGAGGACAGUUUGGAGGGUUCAGAUGUCGGCCAGGCUGCGGUGAGAAGUAGGGUCCGGGCUCUGCGCCCUAAGGGUUCGGUUCAGGGAGAGGGCCGGGUGGGAACGGCGCGGGUGGCCGCAGGAGCCAGGGGUCCGGCAUCCCCGAGGCUGCCUGCGGGCUCUGCGCGGCUGGGCCCUGACCAGAGGAGAUGUGGGUGUGCGGGCUGCAGCCUCCUGUCGGUUCCCGCCUGAGACCCGGCCGCCAGCACCCUGGGCCCUCCUGCCUGCUCCGCGCUCACGGCCUCGCCUCUGACCUUUCCUUCUCCGCGCAGAGCCCGAAAGGGAAGUGGCGCCCUGGCUCCGGAAGAGCGGCCGGGCCAGUCAGGCGGGCGGCGGGUGCGGGUCCUGGGCAGGGAGGGCCGCUGACCGCCGUGCCUUCUUCCUCAGAGCCGGCCUCCAGCUACAACCUGGAAGUGAGGGGUGCGCAGAGCUUCUCCUUCCCGCCCGCCGGGAGACACUUCGGGUACCGCGUGCUGCAGGCCUCGGGCGGGGUUGUGGUGGGCGCUCCGGGCGAGGGCAGCAGCGCAGGAAGCCUGUACUGGUGCGAGCCCGGCACUGGACACUGCCAGCCCGUCCGCCUGACUGGUUCCAACUAUACCUCCAAGUACUUGGGGAUAACCUUGGUAACAGACCCCGCGGACGGAAGGGUUUUGGCCUGUGACCCUGGGCUGUCUUGGACGUGUGACCAGAAUACCUAUCUGAGUGGCCUGUGUUACCUCUUCCCCGAGAAUCUGGGGGGCCCCGUGGUCCAAGGGCGCCCCGGGUAUCAGGAGUGCAUAAAGGGCAACGUCGACCUGGUGUUUCUGUUUGACGGCUCCAUGAGCUUGCAGCAAGACGAGUUUCAGAAGAUCGUGGACUUCAUGAAGGAUGUGAUGAAAAAACUCAGCAACUCCUCCUACCAGUUUGCUGCCGUUCAGUUUUCCUCAACUUACGAAACAGAAUUUAACUUCUUGGAUUACGUUAAACUGAAGGACCCUGAUGUUCUGCUGGCCAAAGUAAACCACAUGUGCUUGCUGACCAACACCUUCGGUGCCAUCAACUAUGUCGCGACAGAGGUGUUCCGGCCAGAGCAGGGGGCCCGGCCAGAUGCCACGAAAGUGCUCAUCAUCAUCACAGAUGGGGAGGCCACUGACACGGGCGACGUGGAGGUGGCCAGAGACAUUGUCCGCUACAUCAUCGGGAUUGGAAAGCAUUUUAAGACCAAGCAAAGUCAGGAGAAGCUCCACAAGUUUGCCUCACAACCCAUAGAGGAGUUUGUCAAGAUUCUGGACACAUUUGAGAAGCUCAAAUAUCUGUUCACAGAGCUGGAAAAGAAGAUCUAUGUCAUUGAGGGGACCAGCAAACAGGACCUGACGUCCUUUAACAUGGAGCUGUCUUCCAGUGGGAUCAGCGCAGACCUCAGCAAGGGCCAUGCUGUUGUGGGGGCAGUUGGAGCAAAGGACUGGGCUGGGGGCUUUGUCGACCUGAAUGAAGACCUGCAGGAUCAGGCAUUUGUUGGGAAUGAGCCACUGACACUGGAGGCGAGAGCAGGCUAUCUAGGUUACAUGGUGGCCUGGCUGCCUUCCCAGGGGUCCAAGUCCCUGGUGGCGGCUGGAGCCCCUCGGUACCAGCAUGUGGGGCGGGUGUUGCUGUUCCAAGAGCCAAGGGACACAGGACGCUGGACGCAGCUCCAGACAAUAGAAGGGACCCAGGUUGGCUCUUAUUUUGGUGGUGAGCUGUGUGGCAUUGAUAUGGAUCAAGAUGGGGAGACAGAGCUGCUGCUGAUUGGAGCCCCUCUGUUCUAUGGGGAGCAAAGAGGAGGCCGCGUGUUUAUCUACCAGAGAAAACAGCUGGGGUUCGGGGCCGUCUCAGAGCUGCAUGGGAACCUGGGCCACCCCCUCGGGAGGUUUGGAGCCGCCAUCAGCGCCCUGCCAGACAUCAAUGGGGAUGGGCUGCCGGACGUGGCUGUGGGCGCCCCGCUGGAGGAGCAGGGUGCCGUGUACGUCUUCAAUGGGCAGCGUGGGGGGCUGAGCCCCCGGCCAAGCCAGCGGGUAGCAGGGAGCCAGGUGGCAGCAGGCCUGCGGUGGUUCGGACGCUCCCUCCACGGGGUGAAGGACCUCGGCGGGGACGGCCUGAUAGAUGUUGCGGUGGGGGCCGAGGGCCAGGUGACCGUGCUGAGCUCCCGGCCCGUGGUGGAUGUUGUCACUCGAAUGUCCUUCUCGCCAGUGGAGAUCCCAGUGCACGAGGUAGAGUGCUCCUACUCGGCCAGCCCUAGGAAGAAGGAGGGAGUCAACAUCACAGUCUGUUUCCAGCUCAAGAGUCUCACCAAGCAGUUCCGAGGUCACCUGGCUGCCAACCUCACCUGUACCCUGCAGCUGGAUGGCCAUCGGAGCCGGAGCCGGGGCGCGUUCCCAGGAGGGGGGCACAGACUCACCAGGGUUACAGCUGUCACCCAAGACGAGUCCUGCAGGAGGUUCUGGUUUCACUUCCCGGUCUGCGUUCAAGAUCUCAUCUCCCCCAUCAGCGUCUCCCUGAACUUCUCUCUUUGGGAGGAAGAAGGAGCAGCGAGGGAUGGAAAUGUGCAGGGCACGGACUCACAGCCCAUCCUGCGACCCUCCCCACACGUGGAGACCAAGGAGAUCCCCUUUGAGAAGAACUGCGGGGAGGACAAGAAGUGCGAGGCGGACCUAAAGCUGUCCUUCUCCCCUGCCAGGUACAGAGUCCUGCGUCUGACCCCUUCCUCCAGCCUCGCCAUGGAGUGGACGCUGAGCAACUCAGGAGAAGAUGCCUACUGGGUGCAGCUGGGCCUGAGCUUCCCCCGGGGGCUGUCAUUCCGCAAAGUGGAGAUGCUGAAGCCAAGGAGCCAGAUGCCCGUGAGCUGCGAGGAGCUUCCUGAGGAGCCCGGGCUCCUGGCCAAGACCCUGGUGUGCAACGUGAGCUCACCAAUCCUCAAAGCAGGCAGCUCGGUUGGCAUCCGGGCGAUAUUCAGCACACUGCUCAACAGCUCCUGGGGGGACUUCGUCGGGCUGAACUCCACUGUGCGCUGUGAGAACGAGGACAGCAGUCUGCAGGGGGACAACACAGCCGCCACCAGCAUCCCUGUCCUGUACCCCGUCAAUGUCCUCAUUGAGGGCCAGGAAAACUCUACACUCUAUGUCAGCUUCACCCCAAAAGGUCCCAAGAGCCAUGAGAUCAAGCACAUCUACCAGGUGAGGAUUCAGCCCUCUGCCCACAACCACGACCUGCCCGAGCUGGAGGCCUUGGUCCGGGUGCCACAGCCCCAUGCCGGGCAGCCCUUCACACAUAGCUGGAGUGUGCACAUGGAGCCUCGCGUCGCCUGCCAUUGUGAGGACCCGGGGUGGUCUCCCAACGCUACCACCACCGAGCCCUGUCUCCUGGGAGCCACCAUCCACUGCCCACUCAUCUUCAGGAGGGAGCUGCUCAUCCAAGUGACUGCGAACGUGGAGCUGACAGGCGACAUUGAGGCCUCCUCCACGCUCAGCCUCUGCAGCUCGCUGUCCAUCUCCUUCAACAGCAGCAGGCAUUUCCACCUGUACGGCACCAAUGCCUCCCUGGCCCAGGUCCUCACAAAGGUUGACGUGGUGUAUGAGAAGGAGAUGCUGUACCUCUACGUGCUGAGCGGCUCGGGGGGUCUGCUGCUGCUGCUGAUCAUCUUCCUAGUGCUGUACAAGGUUGGGUUCUUCAAGCGGAGCCUGAAGGAGAAGAUGGAGGCUGACGGCGGAGUCCCCAGGGAAGACGCUGGGGCUCUGGCAGCACCCGGGGAGGAGGCCUGGGAUCCAGGCUGUCUGGAGCCCCUCCAUAGGGAGGCGGCCCAGGACGGAGGCAGCAAAGACUGAGGCCGGACUUUGGGGUGUGAAGCCAGGCGGCCUCCGCGCGCGCACACGUUAGCGCGUGUCCUUGGGCAAGUCACUGCUCCCCUCCCUCAGUUGCGGCAGCAAGGGUACAGAGGUGAGGCCCCGAGUCGCCGCCAGGUGGCGCUGGCUCCCCCCAGCCUACCUUGUGUCCGCCCCCCAAGAACCUGGGGUCUAAAUUUGGAGGCGCAGUGUCAGGACCUGGUGACACUGCAGCUCCCUCAAGCCUGACGCUCCCCUGACUCCCCGCCUGGGGCCAGGCCUGCGUUCCCCUGUGGGGAGAAGUCCCAUUGCAUAACGGCUCUGGCUUCGAAAGCCCGGCUCUUCAGCCUGAGCCCAAACUUCUCAGUGAGUCCUCCAAGGCCCCAGACCGAGCCCCCGCCCUCCUAUAGACCCCCAACCCCAGCGCUCAGCUGCUGCCCCUUGCUGUCCUGUCCGCUGCCUCCAGCACUCUGCCCCUGUCCCUCCCUGGCCGCUUACUCAGCCUUCAGACAGCGUCUCAUCAUCAGGCCAGGGCUGCCCACAGCUCAGCUGGGUUCCAGCGUGCUCUUUACUUGAAGCUUGCACUGGCCUUUGUUUCCCAGGUUGUAUUUGUAGGGUGUUUAAUGAUUUAUUUAAUUUCUCCCUCUCACACUGAACUCCCUAAGGACAGGGAAUGCAACCCUAUGGAAGCAUGGGGCCAGGUGUCCAGCAGGUGCUGGGCAGUUUCCCUGAGUGGAUGGCAGAGUCCUUGGGAAGACACGCAGGUGUGGACAGUGCCCUACCCCAGCCUCCUCCCCACCUACUCCGCAGCCCUCAGAGACCGAGUUUGGGGUGGAAAUCAGUCUGCCCACCUUGAUCCCCAGGACCAAGCAUAGUGCUGCACAUAUUUAUCCAGUAAACACAAAAUCCGGUCCCAUUUUGUGAUGUUUUUGUGCUGGUGCAACAUUCCAGCCUGGCUCACUUAAAUGAACAUUUCCCUUUCAACCCCAAAUAAGUGGGGCCCAAAUAGUAGUUAGCUCUGCUUCUUCCUUUUUUUUCCUUUUAUUUUUUAUGGUAAUCCCUAGAUACUGACCUGCACCCAACAUUGUGGGUUAAUUCAAAAGUGAAGCAGACAAGGUCCUGAGUUUGAUCCCUGGUAUCAAAACAAACAAAGUGAAGCCUCAAAAGCACAAGGUCCCAAGUUCAAUCCCUGGUCCAAAACAAAAAAGAGAGAGAGAAAGGAUGAUUUGACAGUUCCUUAAGAUGGAAUACAAAGGGCUGUACACUGAAAAAAAAAGUGUAUAACAAAAAGAAAGAAAAGAAGGUGCAUGGACCCUCCUUACCUUUUCUUCAAAGCUAGGAUGGAAAAGGGCAUGGCCCUCAGGCCUCUUCUGUGGAAGGAAGGGCAGUGCCUGCCACUGCUGCCCUGUGUGGUCAGUUCAGUGGGGCCCCCAGGGGUACCGAGAGACCAAGGCCAGUUCCUGGUCCAGCUCUGGGAGGGAGAGCACUGCACCCACAACAGGCAGGAAGUGGGCCCCAGGCAGUGACUGACAGCCCCUUCCAGAGGGCAAGAAGUGCACAACCUUCAGAGGCUGGCGAGCACGACCAAGUCCUUUGGAGCCUGCAGCCUCUCCGGGCUCAUCAGCCAUGGCCAGGCCGGCCCCACAGAGCCAUGGGACGGCUCACAAGCCAUUGUGAAGGAAGAAGCGCGGCCACCUCCCCACUCUGGGAUGUCCCAGAACUAGUAACAGCACAUGGACUGGCCUUUACUUAGGUGUCGUGGAAUGUAAGUUAGGUUCUGCUCAUUUAGUUAUUUUUGAGUGCUUUGUGUCAUGGCCCGUUUUGGGCUCUGAAGAUAAAAUGAUGAGAAAGACAAGUCCCUGA